UUUAUUUUAUCUUAUUUUAUUUUAUUUGUUUAUUCAAAAGGAAAGGAGUUUUCUAAAGCUAUAGGAGAUUUUCAUUCAGAAAGAAAAAUAUUACGGCUCUCCAGGCGGAGAAGAAAGAAGCUGAGGAUGAGAUGGGAAGGAAGGAGAAAGAGAAGGAGAAGGAAAAGAACGACGAGAAGGGGGAAGCAGUUCUUCUGGAGAAGGAAGAGGAGAAAGAAAAAGAGUCAGGUCCUGAAGAAGAGCCAAAGGAAGAAAAGCAGGAGAAGGCAUCGGAGGAGGAGGUUAAAGCCCCCAGAGCUCCACGCCGACCUAAGACCCUGCAGAUCACAGUCACGCUGCUGGACGACACGUUGUACGAGUGUGAACUGGACAAACACGCCAAGGGGCAGGAGUUGUUCAUGAGCGUAUGUGACCACCUCAACCUGCUGGAGAAAGAUUAUUAUGGUCUGGCCAUCUGGGAGACCCCCUCAAUGAAGACUUGGAUGGACCUGACGAAAGAGAUUCGCAGGCAGGUUCAAGGUGACAACUAUAAUUUCACUUUUAAUGUGAAAUUCUAUCCACCGGAUCCAGCCCAGCUGUCAGAAGACAUAACAAGAUACUACCUGUGCUUACAGCUGAGAAAAGACAUCCUGCAGGGCCGCCUGCCUUGUUCCUUUGUCACGCUGGCUCUGCUGGGCUCCUACGCCCUGCAGUCAGAGCUGGGCGAGUACGACCCUGAGGUCCAUGGAAAUGAAUACGCCAAGGACAUGAAAAUAGCCCCUGGUCAGACUAAAGAGCUGGAGGAUAAAAUGAUGGAGCUGCAUCGUACGUACAGGUCGAUGACUCCAGCCCAGGCAGACCUGAUGUUCUUGGAGAAUGCCAAAAAACUCUCCAUGUACGGAGUGGACCUCCACCACGCAAAGGAUCUGGAUGGUGUUGACAUCAUGCUCGGGGUUUGCUCUGGUGGUCUGAUGGUUUACAAAGACAAGCUGAGGAUCAAUCGUUUCCCAUGGCCCAAAGUCCUCAAGGUGUCCUACAAACACAGCAGCUUCUUCAUCAAAAUACGUCCAUCUGAGACAGAGCAGUAUGAGAGUGCGAUUGGCUUCAAACUACCCAGUUAUAAAGCAGCUAAGAAGCUGUGGAAAGUGUGUGUUGAACAUCACACCUUCUUCAGGCUGACCUCCACUGAGAUGGCCACCACUCCCAGGAAGUUCCUGGCUUUAGGCUCAAAGUUUCGUUACAGCGGACGGACUCAGGCUCAGACCAGACAGGCGAGCUCUCUGAUCGACAGACCGGCUCCUCUGUUCCAGCGCUCCUCCAGCAAAAGGAACUCACGCAGCCUGGAUGGAGCCAUGGCUUCCACUCCUGACAACAAAUCCACGCGUCCCGUCAGCGCCCCCGUUAUGUCACCGGUGUCUCCGGGGGAGGCCACCCCAUCCCCGCUGCUGUCCACGCUGCCUCGACCCGACCGCUAUGAUGGCUUCACGCCGAAGAGCCAUCGUCAUGAAGACAGAAAGGCGGAGCUAAAGAAGAAGGAGUGUAGGGCAGAGUUCACCAAGAGCCACAGCCCAAAACCACAGUCUGCUUCAGAAAUCAAGACUGUGUCCAGAAGAGAGAGGAGACACUCUCCAGCUGUGACAAGUGGGGAUAAAGAGAGAAAGAGCCAGGACAAAAAGAUGGAAAUGGUUCGAGUAAGGAAGAAGAAAUCUAAGAGACUUGAGGGUGAAACUAUUUAUAUCAGGCAUAGCAAUUUAAUGUUGGAGGACCUGGAUAAGUCCCAUUCCCAGACUGAGAUCAUGCGUCACCACACCAGUAUCAGUGAGCUGAAGAGAAGUUUUAUGGAGUCUGUUCCGGCAUCUCGGCCCAGUGAGUGGGACAAGCGUCUUUCCACCAACUCACCGCUUCGCACAGUGAGCAUCAACGGCCAGCUGCAACCAGCGUCUCCUGUGCUAAAGGCCCAGACAGUCACCAUCUCAGAUGUCACCAACUCCCUACGAGGAACUGUGGCCUACCAAGACAUCCCUUUAGUUCACACUGAAACCAAGACCAUCACAUACGAGUCAGCACAGCCUGUGGAUAACCUUCCAGAGAAGGACCCAGGAAUGCUGCUGAGUGCCCAGACAAUCACCUCUGAGACCGUCAGCACCACCACCACCACUCAGAUCACCAAGACGGUAAAAGGAGGGAUCUCUGAGACUCGAAUUGAAAAGCGAAUCGUUAUCACUGGAGACACGGCCAUUGAUCACGACAAGGCUUUGGCUCAGGCCAUUAAAGAGGCAAAAGAGCAGCACCCAGAUAUGUCUGUCACUAAAGUGGUCGUUCACCAAGAAACAGAAAUCACUCCUGAGUAAGAAGCUGGACCUCAGAUGCCCCCUCUCCCUCUGACUUGUGUCUCCGUAACAACGUUUUACCUCAGCGGCCCAAGCCCCCCGCCCCCCUCCAGCUGAAAGCCCAGCCCAGACCAGGAGGACCCAGCCUCAGCCCUGAUGAAGCUCAUCUCCAUACGUAGUCACCAGGACUUUCCCAAGACCUUUUUUUAGAUUUACCAACAACCCCCCCUCGUGUUCUGUUUUCUGCCAGCAGAACAACUGCUGGUGUUUUAAAUAAAAUGAAAUUUACCAAAAAAAAAAAAAAACAAUCUUUCUAGUAAAAGUGGGAGUGCAACAUUUUUGGAUUUGUUCGCUCCCAUUUACAUGGAGAUAAAAAAAACAAUCAAGGGCAUUUGGUCUUUUAAUCUUGAGAGUACCAGUACUUUAUUUUUCUACAGCUUUUCUUACCAUCAGGAUUGGUCGUCGAGAUCUCGAAAGCCGACAUUUUUUAACAACGUGUUGAAAAACGACACAGUUCAAGAGAUUGGGGGUGAAUUUUUCUUGGUGUUCGGACCAAAGCGUCCCUCCCCAAAUGUUGUUGGUGAUUUUUUUUUCUUGUACAGUAAAAUUUUAUUUUCCCUCUCAAUACAAAAGUAUUUUUUCAAUUUAUGUAUAAAUAGAUUAAUUUUAUCUAAAUGGGGGCUUCAGUUGGGUGGAGUAUGACUCCUUUUAUCCUAUUUAAACAUUUGUGAGAUGAUUUUUACAUCCUUGGACUGUUUUAGCUGUUGUUGUUGUUGUUGUUGUUGGUGUUGUUGUUGUGCUUGUGUUACUAAGAGGUUAGAGUUGAACUGUAAUUAUCUAUUCUUUAUUUAUUUUUCGCCUCUGUAUCCUGUGUGUGUUUUACAGGUUAGCUUUAUCACUUCCUUGUGUUUUACCAAGUUUAUUUAUCUUUUCUAUUUUCCUACCAACAGGCAGUGCACACUCAUCCACACAAAUGGUGUUCCAACGUGGUUUUAUUUGUUUACGAAAUGAAGUUAUUGACAAGAUGUCUGUUGGUGCUCAAAGUGUUGCAGGAGGUGAACCAGUAAAGUAAAUUACACCAAAAGCAA